AGCAAGGCUGAUAAAUUACCUGAAAUUUGGACAAUCCGUUCUUGGAGGAAGAAAAUAAAGCGCUAAAUUGUCAAAUCAGGUGGAAUUCAGGGCAGCUUCUAGGACACCAGGAGAAAAUCAAAUCUUUAGAUUCCAGCCAUGCGACUUUAUGGUGUGAAUCUGGGUUUGCUUCUGUUUUUCUCUGGCAUCUUGAGAUCAGGAUGGACCAUUCCAUUAGAAAAUCUGGAGAAAAUCCCCCUGGAUUUCUCCACUAACAACAGCAUGCUUCUCACCACCUUCAUGGGCAGCAAUUUUAUUAUUAACGUUCCAAAAUGUGUGUCUUCCUCCAAGUUUAAGUCAACCAAAGUCAGAGUAGCAGUGGCUCAACUUCCAGAUGCAUCCACUUUACCAGGUGUAACAGAUACCGAACAGAUUGAGAACAUCCGUAGGACUCCUCAGGCCCAGGUGUAUUUUGCAGAUGAAUUCAAAAGCGUCUCCUGCAGAGUGACCAGGGAACUUCUGGUUCUUGACCUGGACGAUAGCCAGUAUGAGUUGAUCAGUGUGGUAGGCUACCAGGUGGGGACAGAGUUCUGCCGUAAAACCAAAGGUCCCUUCUGCAACCAACCUCUUAAGCCAUCUACUUUUUAUAGGGUGAACUACUUUUUUUUGGAUGACAAGUCUGUCAUAAGAGCACAUACAGAUUGGUCAACAGCCAUACAGACCAGGAAUGUGACCAACUAUGAAUCAGCCAGUGUAAUGUUUGAGCGGGCAGGCGGCAUGAUCGUAAUUACUAUUUUGGUUUCCGUGGGUGGAGCUGUCCUUAUAAUUGCUCUAAUUGUGGCAGCUGUACUUUCCAAUAAAAAGUAGACAGUUUCUUUCUUCUGGAUUGAAAAUGAUUGUAGAUAUGGAGGAAGAGCAGAAUUUGCUUGGAAAUCAAAGGAGAUUCUACAGCCCCAAACCCCCAGUCAAGGAACAAACAGCAUGAAAUAAAACAGAAUAUCUGCAAUUUCGCCUACAUGAUUCUUCAGAUUCUACGUGCAUUAACUUCAAACAUAUAUUUUGGAUGCAUUUUGAAACCUUUUUCUGCAAUGAUAACCCUGGAUCCAGAAAAUAAGCGCCCCCCAACGUGCCAACCGUCCCUGAUCUAAUAUUCCCUUUUAUUUGUAUCAAUUUCAUGUAUUCAUAAUCAUGUUUAUACUUAUAUUUGUUAUCUA